ACAGAAGAAUAGUAUGUAUAAAGUACUUCACAAUCAAGACAUUAAACACGAGUGCUCGCGGUCGGGGGGACUGCAUGCGUAUCCUGAUCACUUCAGGGAACCUAAAAAGCUCCACCUCUAAAUCAACCGUCUGCUAAAUGAUCAUCUAAAGGUUCCUGUCCUCUGGUAGGACACUGUAUAUAGUGUACAUAUCGCUUUUCUAACAAAAGGAUCUCGCUCGGACAAGCUGGAGCAAACCCGGGGGAUCGUACAGUCACGCGGGGAUAUUUAAAAAAGGAGUCGAGAAAUACGAAAAGUUUGCACUAUUUCUCCCCUAUCCCCCUCCCCCCACACGCAUCCAGACACACGCACCACCUAGAAGCACGUAUCAAAAGCAGUUCAACCGAACGCGAUAAGCGAGAGAGAGAGAAGAAAAGAAAGGGAAAAAAGAGAUUGAGCACGAUGAAGCAACAGGCCCAGGACGAUUUCCCCCUUUGGGUGAAGUUUCUCACUGCGGGCACCGCGGCCUGCAUCGCUGAUUUGGCGACGUUUCCAUUGGACACGGCGAAAGUCAGAAUGCAGAUUGCCGGUGAAAGCCGCCCUCUUCUGUUCGCAUCGGCGGACGGCUCGAUGCUCGCAAUGAAACAAAAUCAGCCGGGGUUAUGGAAGACAGUAGGGAACAUCGUCAGACUCGAAGGAGCAAGGAGCCUGUACGGAGGUCUGUCCGCGGGACUCCAGAGACAGAUGUGUUUCGCCAGCAUACGGUUGGGCCUCUACGACGGGGUGAAGUCACGCUACGCUGGAAUCAUCGACGCAGGUAAUAAAGGGAGCGGAGCGAAGAGUGUCUCCGUAAGGAUCGCCGCUGGAAUCACGACAGGAGCGCUGGCGGUGCUCCUUGCUCAGCCGACCGAUGUCGUCAAGGUGCGCCUACAGGCCAGUGGUAAAGGAGGAACAUCGGUGAGAUACAGCUCGACCCUCCAGGCGUACAAGAAUAUCGCUGCCGAGGAAGGGACACGAGGUCUUUGGAAAGGAACGAUUCCGAACAUCUCGAGGAACGCGAUCGUGAACGUGGCGGAGAUCGUUUGCUACGACAUCAUCAAGGACUUCAUCCUGGAGUCCGGCUAUCUUCGGGACGGUAUACCAUGCCACUUGAGCGCCGCCGUGGCGGCUGGACUGUGCACCACAUUGGCCGCAAGUCCCGUGGACGUGGUGAAGACGCGUUACAUGAACAGCCCCACCGGCGAGUACAAAGGUGUGAAGGAUUGCGCCGUUCGUAUGUUCAGGAAGGAAGGUCCCGCCGCUUUCUACAAAGGCUUCGUGCCGAGCUUCACUCGCCUGGUGUCCUGGAACAUCGUUCUAUGGAUCACCUACGAGCAGUUCAAGAUCUACGCGAGAAAUAUGAACGACCGCCAGUGAAUCCCCUACUCCGUUGGAUUGCACCUCCGUCGAUCGUACGACGCACCUGUCGAUUCACGCGCGUACAACCGUAUAUCCAACACAACCGCAGCUUCGUGAUCUGUACUUGAAUCGUGUAGCUUAGGGAUGGGAGAAUGUCCAAGUAUUACUUAGAUAUUUCGUCGUUCGCGAUAGAACCUCUCUAGCCUGCCGUCGUUUGCUGAUUCGAUCGAACC